AACAUUCGACGCGCGCACUCCCUGUCGACGACCCGUGAAGCUUUGAUGAUACACAGAGAGUUUUUUUUCAUCGAGGGUUUGAAGAAUUCUGCCUAAAAUUGUAGUAAUAAUGUGUUGUGCGCGUGUGAUGGAUAUGUAAACUACUACGUCAUGCUGUGAAAGAGUUAGCUAAAAUACAGCGCUGGUACUGCUCUCAGAGAAGCGAGUGUUAAAACUUCGAAAUGUCGAAGCAGACGGAGCGACAAAGUUACGCACAGACAUACAAGCUCGUUGUCGUAGGGGGUGGUGGAGUUGGGAAAUCCGCGAUAACUAUACAAUUCAUUCAGAGUUACUUUGUCACUGAUUAUGACCCAACAAUUGAAGACUCUUACACAAAACAGUGUGUUAUUGAUGACCAACCAGCGAAACUCGACAUCCUUGAUACAGCUGGCCAAGAAGAAUUUAGUGCCAUGAGGGAACAAUACAUGAGAUCUGGUGAAGGUUUCCUUCUUGUAUUUGCUGUGACAGAUAAAGCAAGUUUUGAUGAGAUAUAUAAAUUCCACAAACAGAUAUUGAGAGUGAAGGACAGAGAAGAAUUUCCAAUGCUGAUGGUCGGAAACAAGGCUGACCUAGAGCAUCAGCGUGUGGUUAGUGUUGCUGACGCUCAUGCUCUGGCAAGUCAGCUGAAAAUUCCAUACAUAGAAUGCAGUGCUAAACUGCGCACAAAUGUUGACCAAGCUUUUCAUGAGCUGGUACGAAUAGUGCGCAAGUUCCAGCUUUCAGAAAGGCCUCCUCUUAAGGCUAACUACAAGAAGAAUAAAAAAAAAUGCUCAAUCUUGUAACACAAACAGUAAUUUCAUCAGAGUUUUCAUGGAUGUUCGCACACAAAUCACGCAUCUUUUGUAUGUUAUAUGCUUUAAAACUCAAGUUAAAAAUGUGUUGUUUCUCUUUAUAUUCUUCCAUUUCAGUGAACUGCUGAUGUGGCAUUUUUUAAGUGCAAAGUUGCGCACAAGUUGUCUUCACAUUCUUAAUGUUUGAUGGAGCUAAAUUCUUGGUUAUAUCAGUUGCUAAUAAACUGAAUGUGUAUUGUAUAUUUCAGUGCACUUCUUUUAAAUUUAAGGUAGUUGCAUACUUUUUAUUUUGUGUUGAUGUAGAACAAGUGAGCACUGACAAAACACCACUGACUGCUCUGUCAUAAUUGUUUGAAACAAUUCUUCUGCUACAUGUUUAUGAGCUGGUUUAUGUUGAAUGCUCAGAUUGCAGAUUUUAAAUCAUAUGUUACACAGAGUUUGUUAAUCUGAGAUGGAAGAAUGACAGGAGACAUGUGUAAGUUUACCAGUAAAGUAUACAGUCACCAAGAUUGAAUAAUUAUAAAUAUUAAUAAUGCAAUAGUAAUGUUGAUAAUAAACUGCAAAUUGAUGUCACUUUAUGAAAAGUGCUGCUGCUUGGAAAUCUUUAUUACUGAGGAACUUUGUAGUUAUGUUCAUUGCAAAUUAGCAUUUUAUUUGCUUACGUCCUGAAUUUACACACUUAAAAAGAUAAAGAAAAGCUACAAUUCCUGUGAUUGUAAUUUGGAAAAUAACUAAUUUUCAGCUGAAGCUGGUUUUAGGUAAUAACUCAAUAACAUUAAUAUUGGUGACAGAUAAAUUACCUAAUGUUGUAUUAUUGUGCUCCAGAUAUCUGUAAAAGUCUAACAGUACUACAGAAAAUGCUAUGUGAAGGAAACUAAAAAUUUAAAUGAUAUUUGUAUGAUUAAUGAUGAAUACUUAGUUUUACCAUAUCAAAUGGAAAUGACUGUAAGAAAUUACAAAAUUAAUAACAACACAAAGCUGCUUUGAAGCCAAAAUCAUGAACCCUGCAAUUACGGAAGUGCUCAUCACUUUGCAGUGUGAAAUAGUAUAUCUCCUGGUCUCUGUUAUUCAGACUCUACUGUCAAAUUUACUCAGAGCAAUUAUUUUCAUCACCUCUGACCGCAGAAGUGUACAUACAGGAUAGGAAGCUGCCACUUCCAGAAUGUUGCCAGUCAAUUAUGUUAGCUAUGCUGUUGCCAAUUUCAUUUUAUUAUGCUCUUUAUAUGCCAAAAGUUUUGCGGACCGUGUCAUCAAAACUAAACAAAAAGAAAACUGUGCUGCAUGUGCAGCUUUUAUUUGUUGAUUUGUGUAUAAUCUGUGUAUCCUCUAUACAAUAAAUGUUAUACUUUGAAAAACGUUUCUUUAUGUAUGGUAGUAACAUAUUUCAGUGGUCACAAAUAGAGUGAUAACAGGCACGGUCUGAGAAAAUCUGUGAAUUUGUUACACGUAAUUAGAAUUAGUCUUAAUCAGAUGGUAAAGUCUUCUUCAGUUCGAACAUAUACUAUUUUCUUUCUAAUUUUUUGCACUGAUCAGUUAUUGCAGUCACUAUUAUGCUGUGUGCUAGCAUAAAGUGCCUAUGUCUUGAAAGUUGGUGACAAAAGGUGAAACAUGUUAUACCCGUUUUAUAUUUAUGACCCAUUAUGUGCACAAGAGAGAUUUGAAAUAAUUGCCAUUUACAAUAUUUGUAUUUGUUUAAAUUGUUUUUCUUACUUUUUGAUCUCUCUCUCUCUCUCUCUCUCUCUCUCUCUCUCUCUUCCCGCCUCCCCCCCCCUCCUCCCCGGCCAGAGUUUUUUUUUCCUACCUUAAUUUCUUUUUAAGUGGAGAGGUGAGAGAAUAAAUUCAAGUAAUGAACAUUGCAGCUACUGCAGGCAGCAUUCAAAUUAUUUUAUGGUUUAUGUUUCACAAUUUGUGUAUUUGUAUCGUACAAGAUAUUUUUUUCAGUGUAGUUUGUACAUAUGCUUUACUCUUGGGCACUAUGAUUACGCCGAAAAUCUGUGUGUGUGUGUGUGUGUGUGUGUGUGUGUGUGUGUGUGUGUGUGUGUGUGUGUACGCUACGCCAUAUCAGAAAAUGUUUUGUGCCAAUUAUUUUUCAUACUCUGAAUGUUACUGUGUGGCUUCGAGAAUGUAUGUAAGAAAAAGAGGUCUGUUGGUCUAAAGCUGAGUGUCCAUUUUCAAUACAGUUGUAUAUAAUGUACUGCAAAAUUAGUGUUUAAACUCAAGUAAAUGAGGAUUUUCUUUUCUACUUGUGUCCUGAUCCCUGUGAUGUAAUUAUUUUCUGUACAGCUAAUUGUGUGGCUUUCAUAUUUGUGAGAAUUAAGUGGUUAAUUUGUCUGUGUGUUUUUUGUUCUUUUUUUAGACUGGUAAUUAGCAUGCAUUAUAAUCUGACUUGGACGUAAUGGACCCAUCAAGAUAACUGUUUACAUUCCCUCAUGAACACUGCCUUCUUGCUUCACUAAUACUAACCCUGCAGAAUGUUUGUAUGUGGUCCAUUGCUGAUGCGGUGACAAUGUAGGGAAGUGUGGGAAUGCAAUAACUGCAGCGGUGAUUCAAAAUAUUAAUUUUCCUUUAUGUAGUAUUUAUUGAGAGACCAUUAAUAUUUCUUUUCAUUAUAUAUAUGGCCUAAAUUCUUAGCGGAGACAUAAAUCAUCCAUUGCAGAUAUCAUGUAUGUUGUAAAUGUUUGUGAACCUGAUACGUUCAACUAUUUGACUGAAAUAUGAUAGACAUAAUAGAUUCUCAGCAGAUUGGGUUGGGGAAAAAAGGGCAGAACAUUUGAAAUUCUUCAUUUGUAAUGAUAUAAGUAUCUUAAGGGUUUUAUGCCAUUUCAGUGGUUCAUAAUUAAGAGUUUUGUAACUCUGCUGGUGAAAAAUAUAUUUCAGAACUGAAAGGUCCUAUAUUCAAGCUCAGAUGGGGAAGGGGAAGAACUUUUCCUCACUUGUUCCUUAUAGGUGGCUCCUAGGUUGAAUCAGCUUCUGUCUAAGUGAAUACAGAGGUUAAAAAAUAAUCAAUCUUGUACUUUAUCUUCCUUGUUAAAUGUUUCAUCAUUCUGUAAAGAAUCAAAGCCUGUCAACACUUGCCUCAUAAUGCAAGGAAGACAUUAGUAAGGGAAUAUCUUUACUAUAGACACAGUAUAGUGAUGGGAUAAAAUUAGCUAAGUUUCCCACAGAAAACAGUCAGAGGGUAAAUUAUUUAAAUGUGAUCGUCUAAUUUUGACAGACAGGAAGAUGUCAAUGUCACUAACAGUAACUUGAAGGUUCUUGCAGAACAUUCUCAGAAGUAUUUUACAAAAUGAUUUUUGUGCAUAUUACUUAGAAGUGAAAUUCUUAUUUUGAUCGUGCUGAAUACUAAAAAAAACUAUAUUUUUGUUAUGAUAUAUUAUUCUUCAUUUUAUCUUAAGAUUUGCGCACUAGUUUUUAUACUGCGUUGUUUUCCAUGUUUAUGUUAAGAAUUAACAUGAAAAUAUUUUUAUGUGAAUAUAUAUGUAUUGUAAUUUUAUUCAAAGAAAUGUUGUUAUAUGCAUUAACAGAUGGUAAAAUUGAAAUGUCUACUCAUUUUGCCCCUUGUUGUGUUCAUUUCUAUGUUACUAAUAUAUUGGGAAAAAAAGUGUGAACCAGUUUGCGGAGAUAUCAUUCAAUUGUUCAUAUUGAAAUGUUCGCCAUUGACUCUGUGGUGUAGACAAGAUAUCAAGCAAUGUUGGACUUGAAUGGGGUGUAAUCAGAAUAUGAAAUGUUUAAAUGUUAUGAAUGGACACUUACUAGUAUGAGUGUACACUUACCAUUUACUUAAAGUCUAUGUGUGAUACUGUUGUGAGAUAUUUAUAAAAGUAUUCAGUGAUUAAUUUAGAAAACAUCAAUUUGUUUUUGUGCCUGAAGAAACAUUUGAGUGUUCAUAAACUUUCAUUCAAUUGUAAAACUUCCAUAUUUAACAUAUAUAUAUAUUAUUUUGCAGUAUAAUAUGCAUGUGAUUAUUGUGGCAAUGCUAGUGUUUCAUCUGUUGCAGUCAUUGUAUUAGUAAAAGAAACAUAGAAUAGUGGUCAUAUUGUGAAGGGCAUUUGCAUUGUGAGACAUAUGAAUGUUUUUUUUAAUUGUGCCUUAAUGAGGGUACAGAAAUUGACACCAGUGCCUUAUUAAAAAAAUCUAUGCAAUAUAUUUUAUAUUCAACAAUGUGGUCUGAUAGUAACCCACUGCAUCAAAACUGUACCAUGUAGUUAAAGAAAAACUAAUAAUUUCUUUAUAGACUGACAAAUUUAAUUUUUUUACAUCACAAUACCCAUGUUAAAUAUUUUACAGUUGUACUCUUUUUAGCCUUCUUUGCAUAGUCAUAUCCAUGAGUAAACCAACCUUGCUUUUAAUUUUGUGGUAGUUUAGUUCAAGAAAGCAUAUUUUCUGCACUAUUGGACCAUUUUGUGGCAAUUUGGUAAAGUAUGUAGUUGUUAAAUGAGUAAUAUCCAUAGCAGCUGAGAAGCAGCUUAAACACAGAAAUGAUUUUGUCAUCGGAGAGUUACCGUGAGUUGAUGUCCUUGACACUAGUAGUACUGUGCUAGCUGUAAACUUCCAUCUUUCUUAUUUCUAACACACUUAGUCUCACACCAGUAAUGAGGCAUUUUGAGAAAAAAAUCUAAAAAUUGUGUGCAAACUUUUAAUGUGUUCUAAUUUUGUCAUAGUCACAAAAGUUAAUAAAGCUAUAUUUUGUCCUAUAGAUUGUGUAAACUCAUCAAUAAGAAGUUACUCACAAGGGUUUGAAUACAGAGUAUAAUAAAUAAAUAAAACAUUACUAACCAUUGCUAAACUCUGUUAGCUAGGAAUUGACACUUGAAUUUUAGAGGAUGAGAAUAUUUAGGCAUUUGUACUCAACCAAGAAACUUGCCUGGCAGCAGUUAAUGAAAAUGUAUAUUGAAUUUAGAGAGUAGAAUUUAGAAAAAAAAAAGAGAUUAGGUUUUUAUUUUUGUGUGUAGUUCCUCCUGUUGCCAACUACAGUCUUCCAUGCCUCUUUUGUCAGUUCUUUGUUAAGUGUUGAGAAGGUUUUAUGUCUUGUCAAUUCGUAGACCAUGUGGAAUAAUUUUUUAUUUUUGUCAAGAGAUGGAACAUUAUGAAUGAAAAUGGCAUCCCGAGUGAAAUGUGUACAUAUACUGGGCAGCUGUGUUUGUAAGCUUAUUAUGAACUUCCUAGACUGAAUAAUCGUUUCACAGCACAGUUGUAUUGGUGUGUGUCUAUAUAAAUAUUCUGGAAAAUUUUCUCAGUUGUAUGGCUACAUGUGUAGAUGAUGAUAGACAGUAGCACAUGCUUUUGUAUGUGUGAUAGCUGUUUGGUUUAUGAAGAAAGUGCUGACAACAAAUUUUUUUUUUUAUUUUUUUAAUUUUGUUAAUGCAUGCACUUUUCAGUUAGCAGGACAUAUAGUGCAUACUCAGUAACAAGUCUCCUAUGUAUUGAGAAAUGGAGACAGCAAAUAUUUUAAUUUCUAUAACAUUCCAAAAAUGCAUCAGAAAUAAUUAUGGAUUGGAGUGUGGUCUACACUGUUUAAGUUGGCACUAUAUAAUAUUUAACUAUAUCAUUUUACACCUUUCACUGCUAUCAGUAUGGAAUACAAGUUAUGCUGCCUUCCAGUAAAACUAUAUUAUCACAUAACUAGCUUUGUUUUUUCUUUCUAUUUUGUGGCCAAAGGUCUUAUAAUGCUGUAAUUAUUCCACAAGUCAGAUUUAUGUGUAUAAUAUUUACCAGCUGAAAUGUUAUUUCAGAAUGCUGCUAUUCUGAAAUAUAACACUGUUACUGCUAAAAGUUUGAUAUAAUAAAAUUUUAUGACACACUUAAAA